AUGGAUCUGAUGAUUGGAUUCUAUGAGAUCCUCAUGCGUAAACGGGACAUCCCGUACACAGCAGUGAGCACCCCCAGUGGUAUGCACUGGGAGUGUCUAGUGAUGCCACAGGCGCUAAGUAACGCCCCUGCAACGUUCAACAGAUGUGUUACGAAGCUGUUGCGACCGGUGCGCGAUUUCGCACCGAGUUACUUCGACGAUGUCUUCGUCCAAAGCCGGGAUAUGGAUGGAAAGACGUACGUGGAGAUUCAUGGAAUCCACGUCCGGAAGGUUCUUACACUAAUGCGAGAGCAUAAGUUGUUAGCGAACCUCAAGAAGUAUAUAUUCGCAGCGAAGGAGAAACCACUUCUUGGCUGCAUCGUGGGUAAAAACGGUGUACGCCCUAAUCCGGAAAAGAUCAAGGCGAUUAGCGACUUGCCUGUGCCAUUCGACGUCAAGGAACUUCGAAAUUUCCUUAUCUUGGCAGCGUAUUUGCACAAAUACUCGCUCAACUAUGCCGAGAGGACCGUAGAUCUCUUUCGUCUACUAAAGAAAAACGAGAGGUGGUCAUGGAGCGCUGAGUGUCCGCAAUCUUUUGGAGUCAUCAAGAAAGGCUUGGUGCAAUCGCCUGUGUUGGCGAUUGCAGACCAGGACAGACAAUUCCAUGUGGUCUGUGACACCAGAAAUUUUGCAAUUAGCUGCGCGUUAAUGCAGUACGACUCAGACGGAGUUAAGCGCGUCGUCUGUUAUCAAUCGCGUCAGCUGCUAGCAGCUGAGCAAAAUCAUCCGGUGCAUGACAAGGAACCCAUUGCCCUGAAAUAUGCACUGGCUAAUUUUCGGGUAUAUCUCUUAGGAGAUAGGCCCUUCAUCGUUUAUAUCGACCAUGCGUCGUUACAUACGGCCGUAAACAGUCCACACCUCUCGCAACGAAUGGCGAGGUGGCUGUCUUUCUUCGCGGAGUACAACCUCUUCGUCGAGUAA